AUGCAGCCUCAGCUGGAGAGAAGGACAAGGCAUAGCCAGGCAUUACCAACUCACACCCAGGUUUUGCUGGCCCAGAGACUGUUUGCCAGUGGGCCCUUCCAAAACGUCAUUGGAGACACUGCAGGAUGGGGGUACAUAAUUAUAUGUUUCAGGUUUAUCAAGAGGACCUAUGCAAGCAAGUGUCAGCAGGGUCUUCAAGUGUGUGUGUGCACCGUGUUGAGUGAUAAGUCGGUGCAGGAAAUCAAGAUGCCUCCGACACACCUUGAUCAAAGGAGAACUGCACACCAGUUCUUCAGGAUUAAAAAUUUCUUAAGGGUUAUUGGGGCCAUUGAUGGCACCCACAUUGCCAUCAAGGCCCGAAGAGUGGACGAGGCCCUCUACUUUAACUGGAAAAGGACCUAUGCAAGCAAGUGUCAGCAGGGUCUUCAAGUGUGUGUGUGCACCGUGUUGAGUGAUAAGUCGGUACAGGAAAUCAAGAUGCCUCCGACACACCUUGAUCAAAGGAGAACUGCACACCAGUUCUUCAGGAUUAAAAAUUUCCUAAGGGUUAUUGGGACCAUUGAUGGCAGCCACAUUGCCAUGAAGGGCCAAAGUGUGGAUGAGGCCCUCUACUUUAACUGGAAAAGGUGCCUGCACUCUUGUGGAGGUGGCUUGCAGUACAGACCCAUCAAGUGUGUCAAAAUAAUUAAUGCUUGCCUGCUCCUACACAACUGCUGCAUCAAGUUCCUGAUGACCUACCACCUCUUGAGGAUGAAGCAGUGCCCCAUGCUGAUACCAACCCUGCUGUGCUGUAGAGGGAUCAGUGUGCUCCAGGCAGAAUUGUGUGGCAAGAAAUCAUACAAAACUUCUUCCAGCAAUGCAGUAAGGAAGUGA